AUGGAGAUGCACCUCCUGCCCUCCCUCUCGUCGCCUAGCGGUCUCACUCGAUUCUCCUCCCUCGCACCGUUCUCCGCGUUCCACACUUUCUCUACUACUCGCACGCCCGUAUUCCCUCGCGCGCGUUUCUCCGUGAUUACCCCCUUUACUCCGCACGCGUCCUUGCGCGCCCUGAGCGCCCCGCGCCAAGCACCCGCUGCGCAACCCACUUCUUCCCCCCGUGGCUUCCGAUCGUGCCUCCGCGCCCCCGCUUCCCCCGGCGCUCUCUUCCGCUGCACCCCCGCAGCAGCAAGCGGAGGCUGGCGGUGGCGGUCGGAUGCGCGCGCGCGGGGGCACCAGGCGGCGGCCUGCGCGGAUGGGGCGAAUGGGAUCGCGGAAGGGUUGGCGGAGCGGAACGGUGGCGCGAUCAGUAAUGAUCGCAGCUAUGCUCCGCCGCGGCUGAGCGUGGCGCCCAUGAUGGACUGGACGGACUGCCACUACCGGCAGCUGGCGCGGCUGAUGAGUGCGCACACGUGGCUGUACACGGAAAUGGUCGUAGACAACACGCUGCUGCACCAGCAGCCCAAUCUGGAUCGCUUCUUGCUCUCGCCGCCCUCUCAGCGCCCUCUCGUGCUGCAGCUAGGCGGCAGCGACCCUCCCUCGCUCGCAGAGGCUACGCGCCUGGCGCUGCCAUACGCAUACGACGAGAUCAACCUCAACUGUGGCUGUCCCAGCCCUGCCGUGUCAGGUCAUGGCUGCUUCGGUGCACGCCUGAUGCGCUCACCCAAGGUGGUGGCGGCGAUAUGUGCAGCCAUGGGGGAGGUGGCGGGGGCAGCAGGCGUGCCGGUGACAGUGAAGUGCCGCAUAGGCGUGGACGACUGUGACUCGUAUGAGCAGCUGCACGAGUUCAUUUCAACGGUGUCUUCACUCUCUCCCGUGUGUCACUUCAUCAUCCAUGCGCGCAAAGCGCUUCUCAAAGGCCUCUCUCCCACACAGAACCGAACCGUGCCGCCCCUCAAAUACGAGUACGUAUUUGCACUGCUCCGUGACUUCCCCUCCCUCUCCUUCACUCUCAACGGCGGCGUCACUUCCCUGGAACAGGCCACUGAGCUGCUUGCUAAGGGCGUGCAUGGAGUCAUGAUCGGCCGGGCUGCUUACAACACCCCAUGGCACAUCCUCUCCACUGCUGACACCGCCAUCUUUGGGGCACCCAGCAACCCGUUGCAGUCCAGACGACAGCUGCUGCAUCUAUAUGCGCAGUACGCCGAUUCAGCAGUGAACCAGUUUGGCCCGGGAAGGCCCAACGUGCGCACACUAGUCAAGCCUCUGCUGGGUCUCUUCCACUGUGAGGCGGGGGCGGGCAAGUGGAGGAGACUCAUUGACACUGAAAUCAGACAAGCCAAG